CCAGGCCCGGCCAGUCGCACCUGCCCGCACUGGCAGCACCAGCAAUCGCACCUGCUCGAGGAGGCUCCGCUCCGCAUUUGCCGUCAUCGACAACCUUCACUCCGGCCAGCGCUUCCGCUUUCUCUUUCUCUUUCUCUCACUCACAGUCACUCACCUCCACAACUCCCUCCGUUCCUUCUGUCAUCAAAUUCUCCACACAACACUCACAUUUCAUCUUGUCACAUACACCCUCUCGCUCGAUUGCAUUGCCCUGCGCAUAUCGCUGGCGCAUCAGCACCCGCCAUCAUGCGACCCAGUUCCAUCAAACGCUGUCUCGGAGUGGACCUAGCUCACCAGAUCCAAGAGUCUCGCGUUCUCCUCGUCGGCGCUGGCGGCAUCGGCUGUGAGCUCCUCAAAAACCUUGUGCUCACCGGCUUUGGAGACAUUCACAUCAUCGACCUCGACACGAUCGAUCUCAGUAACCUCAAUCGCCAAUUUCUCUUCCGCCAUGAGCACAUCAAGAAACCCAAAGCCUUGGUAGCGAAGGAAGUUGCGCAAAAGUUUCAGCCCAGUGCGAAGCUCGAAGCACACCAUGCGAAUAUCAUGGACAGACAAUUCAACAUCGACUGGUUCAAGGGUUUCAAUAUCGUCUUCAAUGCGCUGGAUAACCUUGCUGCGCGGCGACAUGUCAAUCACAUGUGCCUUGCAGCUGGUGUCCCGCUGAUUGAAAGUGGAACCACGGGUUUCAACGGCCAGGUACAAGUGAUUAAAAAGGGGGAAACGGAAUGUUACGACUGCAACGAGAAAGCAACUCCCGUCACAUUUCCUAUCUGCACAAUCCGCAGCAACCCGACCCAACCAAUCCACUGCAUCUCUUGGGCCAAGAGCUGGCUGAUCCCCGAAUUGUUCGGCGAAAGCGAGGAAGACUCCGAUGUCAUCGAUAACACAGAAAACGCAGACAAUGCCGAUGAAAUAGCGAGACUGAAGAAGGAAGCAUUGGAGCUCAAAGAGAUUCGUGACUCUAUGGGGUCUGAUAGUUUCUGCCGCAAAGUCUUUGAAAAGGUAUUCAAAAUUGAUCUCGAGCGGUUACGCGGCAUGGCAGAUAUGUGGAAAGAGCGUCAGCCACCAGAUGCUCUCGACUAUGACAAACUAGAGAGUGACUCGGCACAAAUAGAGCCAAUCGUCUCGAAGUUGAGCCGGAAGGAAUGGUCGGUUGAGGAGAAUUUUGCCGUUUUCAAGGACAGCAUGGACCGCCUGAGCAAGCGCCUGAUCGAGCUCCAGUCUGACGGGGCUUCCACAACAGGCGCCAAAAAGCCCAUCUUGUCAUUUGACAAGGACGAUGAGGACACUUUGGAUUUUGUCACUGCUGCAGCGAAUCUGCGAUCCACAGCUUUUCACAUUGAGCAAAAGACCAAGUUCGAUAUCAAAGAGAUGGCUGGUAACAUCAUUCCUGCAAUUGCGACUACAAAUGCCAUGACGGCAGGACUUUGUGUUCUACAGGCUUUCAAAGUUCUUCAGCACGACCUAAACCAGGCUAAAAUGGUUUUCCUGGAAAGGUCAGGUGCAAGAGCAAUUAAUUCCGAUUCUCUUGACCCCCCAAAGCCCACUUGCUCAGUGUGUUCCGCUGUGCAUGGUAGAGUAUCCGUCGAUGCUGAGCGCGCUACACUUGGUGACCUGAUCGAAGUGCUGCGCUCCGAACUUGAUUACGGCGAAGAACUUUCAAUCCUGAACCACGGAGGAAACGGCCAGGGCGAAGUGGUUUACGACCCAGAUCUUGAAGAUAACGUCUCCGCGAGGUUACAAGAUAUCACAAACAAUCUUGAUUACAUCACAGUUGUGGACGAAGAUGAUGUGGAUCGAGUUCCGCGUGUCAAUCUAGAACUCUUUUUUGUUGAAAGAGCGGAGGCAUCGUCCGAGGAAUCGAAACCAGUUACCCUACAGCAAGGGCUGGAAAUUCCCCGGAAAGCCAAGAAAUCUACGAUCCCUGCUUCCGAAGAUACCCCAAUGACGAAUGGUACAAGCGGGCCGGGAAAACGCAAAAGAGACGGAGAAGAUGAAGAAAUGACCAAUGGCCACGUUGCAAAGAAGGUUGCUGGUGACCAGGCAAACGGUGAUGGUGAAGAUGUGAUCGUUGUAGAUGAAGAGGACGGGAAGGAUGGGGGUGCCAUCUUAAUCGACUAG